AUAUAUCUGACUGCUCCUACGGUAUGUUUUCCAUUCCAUUGUUAUAUCUAUUAAAACUAGAUUGAAAUAUUUUACUGGCCCAGUUCAAUGAAAAUAUAACUUUCAAACCAACAGGCCAAUAUUUAAAACCUCAACACUUGUGAAGUAAUACUCGGAUUUCAUAUUUUGACAGGUUAUGUGGCACGUCAGUGAAGUUUUCUUAUUAAAAUACAAAUGUGUUCCAUGUUUAAGGAGCUAUUUAAAGUUUAGUGAUAAAAGUAUUGGUCAAAGAUUGUCUUUAAGUUUAUUAAUUUGACAGUAAGGAUAAGGAUAAUAUGAGAAUUUAAAAUAAUAUGGCAGCAAUCGAUAAAGUUAAAGUUUUGUUAGUUGGCGAUUCGGGUGUUGGAAAAUCUUGUUUAACCCACUUGAUUGCACACAAUGAGCCGAUACACAAUCCAUCAUGGACAGUUGGAUGUUCUGUUGAAGUUAAAUUGCAUGAAUUCAGAGAAGGAACACAACAUCAAAAAAGCUAUUUCAUAGAACUCUGGGACAUUGGGGGUAGUAGUAAUCAUAGGAGCACAAGGAGUGUUUUCUAUAACUCAGUUCAUGGUAUUAUAUUUGUUCAUGAUUUAACAAAUAGAAAAUCACAGCAAAAUUUGAAACAUUGGUUGGCUGAAGUUUUAAACAAAGAAGGAGGAAAAAAUAAACAAGUCUAUGAUGAAUAUGAUAAUGAACAAUUUGCUGGUUCUACAAUGAUCCCAAUGAUAUUUAUUGGCACAAAGCUUGAUUUGGCUGGAGAGAAGAGGGCAAACGGUAUUGAUAAAGGUGGUGGUGAUAUUGCUCAGGAUUGGGGUGCAGAUAAACUUUAUCUGGAUUGCAGAGAUGGUAGAUCGUUAUCCCCUGGUAGCAGUGCAUCUGUUAAACUGAGUAGGUUUUUUGAUAAAGUGAUUGAAAUGCGUUUUCACAGACAUGAUGGAAUGAGUCCAUCUAUUUUUGAUAAAAGACGUCCAUUUUCUUCUCCAAUGAGUCCAAAAUUAUACAUGACUGACUGAUUAUAAUUCACAUUUUAUUUAAAACUUAUUUUGUUUGAAAAAAGUAUUUAUGUAUUUAUGUUUUCAGGGAAAUUGUAAUAAAAAUAUUCAACAA